UUGCCGUAAGAAUAAUUGACUAUAACAAAAGGGUGCUUACAACUGCGGACGCAGCACAAAGCACGAGACGGUUAAAACUCUAAACAAUAGGACUACGUUUAAUAAAUCGAAUCGCGAAAGGAAUCGUUAGAGGUGGCAUCGCGAUGCGGUUGCCAUCGCGACGGCGUGCGGCCUAGUAGAGCAGAGCGGAGCCUGUGGUUCCCGUUCGUUGCUGCUGUUCAUUUGUUAAUUUGUUUGCGUCGGGUUUUUUUUGGAAGCGUUAAAUCUUCCAUCGCGUUUCUUGACGAGCCGCCGAUUUACGAGCGUGGGAAAGAGGAGAGAGGACGGCGGAGGCGAGCGGACAUGGUGGUUCUCCGAGCCAAGUGCCUGGUCGCCGGUGACUCGACAGUCGGGAAAAGCGCCCUGGUUCAAGCUUUCCACAGCGAUGCCACCCUGUUCCCCAAGAACUACAACAUGACUGUGGGAGUCGAGCUGCUCGUGAAAUCUGUCGGCGUACCUGACACCACCGAUAGCGUCGAAAUAUACCUGUAUGAUUCAGGUGGGAAGGACAUUUUUAAUGACCUUGUGCAAAAAAAUUGGGACCACCCCAGCAUGCUGUGCCUGGUGUUUGAUGUCAUCAACGAGCAGUCGCUGGGCGGCUGUGGCAAGUGGCUGGAGCGCGUGCGGGCACAGAGCCCCGGCGUCCCCUUCCCCGGAGUACUUGUAGGUAACAAAGUUGACCUGGGGCCCCGGAGAGUGGUCUCUGCAGCUCAGGGACAGGAGUUUGCCAUCGCCAAUGGGCUCGAGUACUUCGAAACCUCUGCUAAGGAGAUGGAGAACAUCGACACUCCGUUCCUCUACCUGGCAAAAGCCUUCCAUAGGCUCUACGUGGACAAAACAGACUUCAUCAAAUCCUUGGUGUGACGUGUCCUAAAAUGUGUCUUAUUUAAAAAUGAAUCGUGAUUUUCAAAAAGUAUGUUUUACUUGUCAGUGGAAAAAAAAUUCAAAAUAUUUUGCUACGAUUUCAUAACGUAAAUAGUCCCAUGGGCGUAUUUACUGAUUUAUUUACACUACGAGUAAGAGUGAAUUACCCGAUAAGUCCACUCAUUUGAAUUGGGUAUCUCACGAGUCACUGUUAUUGGGCCACAUAGAUAAAUUUGAACCACUUAAGUGAUGCCACCCUAGGUGGUACCGACAAAGUGAAAUAUCUGGUGUGUGUGCUCAUGAGCUAGAAGCCCUUUAUCAUGAAGAACAAAAGCCUCCACGUGCCCUUGCUUCACCAUACUUCGCCGUGAUGGUCAGUGCGGGUUGUUGCAGGAAGUGUCCAGGACCUGUUUAGCUAAUCGCUCGCCACUGGUGUUGGCAGCCGUGGCCUGGAAUUGAACGCAAAUCACGAAAUUCACACCUCAAUGCACGAACCACUAAUGCCACGGCUCCAUCGGGCUAUGGUGUAUGUUCGUGUACAGCAUGCUGCGUGGGCUGUUGACUGGUUGCUCGGAAGGGACCGUCGUACUAAAUGUUGCUUGGGUUUGGCUUCUUUCAACAAAAAAUUGCAUGGCGCUAAAGAAUGAUUGAUUAAAUGUUUUGUCAAGUUCCCCGAGAAUGUGGCAACGUGAAUGAAUGUUUCUCUCAAUCAACUGAACGCAACAGCAGCGUGGUACCGUGCUUGUAAAUAAAUCGUUAAUGUCAUUAAAGAUGACCUUGUGAUUUA